UUCACUUCAGAAAUACAUGAAUACUGAGUGUAAACAAAACUCUAUAUUAUAUAUUAUAUACUAACAGACAAACAUGCUUAAAUCACUGCAACUUUUACGUCUUAAAUUAAGACGCUCGAUAUCCAUGAGCGCCCCUGUGAUGUCCAAAGAUGAGAUACAUCAAUUGUUUCUCGAUAAAACUCGUGAAUAUCGUAUGCGAAAUCCCGAUGGGAAACCAAGUGAACCGACUCCCGAAUAUGAGGAGGAACUAAAUAAAGAAUUCGAACGUUUGGCUAGACACUUUGGCGGCGGUGAUGAUUGGCAAAAUGAGAUGAUUAAAUUUCCAAAAUUUGUUAUACCCAAUGUAACCAUCGAUCCCAUUUCAUUGUAUGAUCACAAGGACUUGCAAAAAAAGGAGAAGAAAACGAAAUGCGAUGAAAAUCUGACUGAAGAUAAGGCGGCCGAACAGACAGAGGCCGAGGCCGAGGCCGAGGACGAGAAGAAAACAAAAGUCGACGACAAGAAGAAAGAACCUGAGGGAAAGAAAACAAAAGACGAUGAUAAGAAAUAAUAAUAAUGUGAAAGAUUUAAAUUUUGCAUAAAUGAAAUCGUUUCAACCACUGUG